AUGUUCUCCGCUGCUCUCCUUCUCGCUGCAGCAACGACCACUGUGUUGGCUGAAACCCUCACGACCCAGUCUUCGGUCAUAAACACUUUCCCCGACUUCUCUGCAUGCGCGGCCCAGCCCUCAGUUUUCUCUUGCGAGAAUACGACGGCGAUUAAAAACACCUGCUGCUCGCCAACUCCGGGCGGGCUCGUGUUGCAGACUCAAUUCUGGUCGACCUACACUGGUCUGGAGAAGAAGGGGCAAAAACUGCCCAAGAGCAGCUGGACGAUUCACGGUCUUUGGCCGGACAACUGCGAUGGUUCUUACGAGAGCUACUGUGAUGCAACCCGCCAGUUUGACCCUACGCCAGACAAGAGCACAAACUUCUCUGCGUGGACUGGUCCUAGCAUCGAUACCUUCGUGAAGAAAUUCGGGAGACAUGACCUGCUCGACUACAUGGAGAAAUACUGGAUCAACCAGCGUGCGCCGAACGCCGACUUUUGGGCUCAUGAGUUCUCCAAGCAUGCUACCUGCACGAGCACUUUCGACAUCGCCUGCUAUGGUCCCAAGUACAAGAAGCACCAGGACGUUGUCGACUUCUUCGAUGCUGUUGUCCGCGCAUUCAAACAAUAUCCGACAUUCGAUAUUCUCGCUUCGUUUGGUAUCGUACCCUCGAACACUACAAGCUACACCCGCACCCAGAUCGAGACUGCGCUGAAAUCUCAGACUGGUGCUGUCCCUUACCUCGGCUGCUCGACCAACGGAACCAUUCUGACUGAAGUGUGGUACUUCAGCCACGUUUAUGGUACUGAGCAAUUCGGAACUUACAAGACCCUGGACUCCACCACGAAAUCGAGUUGCUCUGCAACAGCGCCCAUUCGCUACCUUGAACGCACGCCAGGCUCUGAGCGUGAAGUUCGCAAGUAA